UACUACAAGGGUCAAAGUGUUAAAAAGAUAAAACAUACAGGAGUGAUUUGCAAAAUGAACACGUUAAUAUCGCUUCACUAUAUUCCUUAAAACCCUAAUCUUCAAAAUUUCCUCCCUCUUCUUCCUUGUCUGCUCUCGAUCUUCCGAGGAACAAUGAGUCGGUCGAGUAGGACACUUUAUGUUGGCAAUCUUCCUGGUGAUGUUCGUGAGCGUGAAGUGGAAGAUCUGUUUUACAAGUAUGGCCCGAUAGCACAUAUUGAGCUGAAAAUUCCACCAAGACCCCCUGGUUAUGCCUUUGUCGAGUUUGAAGAGGCUCGUGAUGCUGAAGAUGCUAUUCGUGGUCGUGAUGGCUAUGAUUUUGAUGGGCAUCGUCUGCGGGUUGAACUUGCACAUGGUGGGCGGGGUAACUCAUCAUCAAAUGAUCGUUAUGGUGGUGGUGGCCGUGGUCAGCGUGGUGGAGUGUCCAGACGUUCUGAUUAUCGAGUGUUUGUUACAGGAUUACCCCAUUCAGCAUCUUGGCAGGAUCUCAAGGAUCACAUGCGUCGAGCUGGGGAUGUUUGUUUCUCCCAAGUUUUCCGUGGCGGGAGUGGCACCACUGGUAUUAUUGAUUAUACAAACUACGAUGACAUGAAAUAUGCUAUCAAGAAGCUUGAUGACUCUGAGUUUCGGAAUGCCUUUUCUCGUGCGACAAUCCGAGUUAAGGAAUAUGACCGCAGUCGAAGCCGUAGCCGCAGCCGUUCUUACUCCAGAGGAAAGAGUGUUAGUCGAAGCCAUAGCCGAAGUAGAAGUCGUAGCAGGAGCAAAAGCAAGUCUCCUAAAGUUAAAUCUUCAAAGCGCUCAAGAUCUCGUUCAAGGUCUGUGUCUUCUCGGUCUCGUUCUGGGUCAAAAGGACGUUCUGUCUCAAGAUUUUGGAUAUGUGCGGCGGUUUGUGGAUUGCAUAUUAGGAUCUUGAGUGGAUAAUGGUCUUGCCUGCAACUCUUUUGGUUGUGGAGGUACGCUGUUUUCUAGAUGGCAGCUUUGGGUCUUUUAUGAUGUCUCUAUUCUAAUGAGCAUCGUGAAAUGUUCCAUGGGUGCUAGAUUGGGAUCAUGAAGAUCAUGGAUCUAUGGUGGAGCUGGACUGGGGAACUAACUGCCACUUGAAUUUGGAUCACCACCUAUUUUUGGUAGAAGCAUUUUCUACCAAAGCAAAAUAAAGACUAGUUCAUUCUUUUGGUAUCCUGCUAAUUGGUCUCUGACUGCAUAAAUAUAAAAUAUUACUUAGUCUUAACAGUGUAACUUGCAUUGCUUCAUACAUACCAUAUAUUCCACUCUGGAUUCUGCCAAAA